UGACAAAACAAGACAAGGUAAGGUAAGGGACAGUUUUUAGUUUUUGUACUGGUGUGUGGUGCUUUAAUAAAAUUAGCAAUAGCACUUUAGGUCUCCUUUGUAAAAGGGGAUUUAACCACUGUUCAGAAGAUGUUGUUUCAACAAACUUCAAAUAUUCAACAACCAGUUAAAAUUACAAAGGCAGUCAAAUAUUUUUUUUUCUUAUACUGUAUAAAGAGGCAUGACAAUGACAGAAGAAAGCUAAUGGAGACAUUAUAAGUGAAUGUGACGCACAAAUAUUUUUUUCUAACUCACAAGCAGGCUUUGGUUAGUGGUUUGAAGGAAGCUUACAUGAAUCCACUUUAGCAGAGAGCAAGAACUGUACAGAGAAUGUCUUUUAUGAUUUUAUAUUUUCACAUGGUCAUAUUUGGUAUAAUUCAUUCAGAAAAUUUAACCUGAAGUGCAUAUUUCUAUGGGAUUUCUGUAUAUAUACAGCAUUUCACAUGUAAUGCAGUACUAUUUUGUUUAAACAGUUAAUUCUUUAAUGCUUUUAAAAGACAACUUCCUUUAAUUGGAAGGAUGCCUAAUUUAACAUUACAACUAAUUUUCUGUAUUUCCAAACAGAAUUUUUAGAAUUACUGGAACCCAAAUGAUUUUAAAUGGACUCAGACAAAUUCUUAAACACUUUUAAAUUUUACUUCAAAAUUUUAAAACAUGUAUUUGUUUUAAUAUUAUUCUGUUCUUGCAGAAAAGAACAGGAAUGACAGAAUCUAACAAGAUGUGUGCCUCUAUGCAGACCCUGUCCAGCUGGCUUGCGGACACAACUUCUGCCAGACGUGCAUCAGGACUGUCUGGGACUGCGAUAUCUCGGAGACGGGUCCAUUUUUUUGCCCCGAGUGCCAGUUUUUUGGGAUGUCAGAGAUUCCCUGGAGAUCAACAUGAGGCUUCAGAAAGAGGUGCAGGAGUUUGGCACAAGGAAUCCUGCCGUUCGGGAUCUUCCCCCAGCAGCUCCAAUAAUCCCGUGUGACCACUGCAUCGACGCCAAUUUGGUGGCUGUGAAAACGUGCUUGACCUGUGAUGCUUCUCUCUGUGCUGCCCAUCUCGAACUGCAUUUGAAUAAAGCAGCGUUUCUGGGGCACACCAUCAUCAAGGUGACAGGCAACCCGUUUUCCUUGAAGUGUGCAGAGCACCGCGAGGAGCUGAAACUUUAUUGUCAGGAGGAUGGAAUCAGUGUGUGCUCUCUGUGCGUUGUGAUAGGGUCUCACAAGAAUCAUCGAGUAGUGACGUCCCAGGAGGCCUGUACAGAGAUGAAGAAAAUCAUGGAGGAGAAUAUAAACAAGCUGAUGGAGAUGUGCCAGCUUGCUGAAGAGACAAUGAGGGGAAUGGAUUCUUUGUUCAGUGAAGUCUCACAACGUGCAACCUCAAUCAAAGAACGUAUCUGUGGAAAGUACAGGAGGUUGAAGAUGCUGAUUGAAGAGGAUGAAGAUCUGAUAAUGAGGAUUUUGGAAUCAGAAGAGCGGUAUUCUCUGAAGUGGCUGCUGUCUAAGAAGGAAGCUCUCGAAUGUCAGAGACGUGCUGGUGUUCACUAUUGCAUCCAGAUGAGAUGGAUGCAAUAG